AAUUUUAAUGGCGAGUACAGUACAUACAAUUUGUGUGUUAAGUUUUCGUCCAUUUAAGUGUUUUCUGCUGUUGACUUGCGUUGAUUUGAGUUUUACUCAUCCGCUGUGUUUUCGGUGAAUUAGUGAGUGAGUUGAGCUGUGCUCCUCUGUUUCAUUGUUUCACAUAACUUGCGAAAAGACGCCAUUAGUGUUUAGUAUUAUUUGCGAUAAAGACGCCUUUUUUGUGAUAUUUGUGAAAUAGACACUGUUAUUGUGUUAUUAGCGAUUAGAGACGCUUGUUUGAGUGCAUAUAAUCAUGCCGAGGCGGUGCGAAUUGGGAUGUUCACACAACCCGGGUGUGACACAACAUCAAUUUCCACACCCAGAAAAGAAUCCUGAGUUAUUCAAAGCCUGGGUUAAUAUAGUUGGUGGAAAACUGGAGACUGCAGAUGAUAUCAAAUUUUACAGAAAGCGAGUCAUCUGUGACAUACAUUUUGCAGACAAGUUUAAGAAUCGCAACAACCGUUUAAAUAACAUAGCUGUUCCUACUCUCCAUCUUCAGGGUGCUCCAUCACAAGAUGCUCAUAUGCCUCCUGCAACUCCACAUAUACCAACUGAACUUCCUAUGCCUGAACAUAAUAUAUGGAAUCUGCCUUCUACAUCAAAGCAAAUAGUCACUGGUGCUCCAUCACAAGAUGCUCAUAUGCCUCCUGCAACUCCACAUAUACCAACUGAACUUCCUAUGCCUGAACAUAAUAUAUGGGAUCUGCCUUCUACAUCAAAGCAAAUAAUCACUGGUAUGUAAACGCUUGGCUACCUACAUUCUCAAAUUAUGUUUAACUAGCUACCAUAAUUAAUUACUGCAUUAAGUAAUAUGUAACUGUUGUGUAGUCAUUACAAACACACUUCAACUUGAUUUAUUGUAAUGACAAUUUAGGUUAAUAAUCCUCAUGUAACUCACACUAGUAAUUUUGAUGUUUACAAUGACAAUGGUGAAUUAUUAUUAUUUUAUUUUCAGCUGCACCUCCCAAUGCGUGUU